AUGAGUUCCAGUUCAUUUUCGACAUCUUCAACAUCUUCGUAUAGUAGAGAUCACGAAGCUCAAAAAGGUUCAGGAGUUAUGAUAUUCACUCCAGAACAGAAAGCCAAAAAUUUAUUACUACGCGAUCGUGUAAAGGAUAUUUUACCUCUUGAUGAUAUUCAGAAAGUCUCUGAUUGUGACCUACUCUACCGAUUUCUGAUUGGCAAACGAUGGAGUGUAGAUGCAACAGAGGCGGCCAUACGGACCUAUGCAGCUCAACGAAAAGAGCAGAAACUCAAUUAUCUCAUGAUAGAAAAAUACAACUCGGAUGUUGAAUCUUCAGGUGCUAUGCUUUACGGAUUUGAUAAAGAAGGAUGUCCUAUUAUGUGGAAUACUCCAGAUAUACCUUUGGUAGUUUCAGCCAUUAAAAAUGGAUAUAAAACUGAAUUACUACGGGUGCAAAUGCGGGUAAUGGAAACAGCACGUUUUCUAUCUAAAGAAAAAAAAGUGGAUCGCUGCACUCUUGUAUUAGAUCUAUGUAAUUUGGGAAUCUCUGCAGUGAACUCCAUGACACUUUCCUUUGCACGUGAUAUGGCUAAAAUCAUGCAGGAAUAUUAUCCUGAGAUUAUGCGGCGAAUGCUUAUCUUUAAUGCUGGUUGGGCUGUUACAGGGGCAUGGAAAGUCCUUCGCCCAUUUGUGGAUCCCCGUGUGCAGGAGAAGAUGCACUUCUUCAGUGGAUCCCCCACAUUAGAGUUAUUAUUACCAUUUAUUGAUGCCGAUCAAAUCCCAGCCUCACGUGGAGGCAGCAGCAUGAAUGAUAUUGCAGGAACAUUGAUAGCAUCAGAGGUAUUGCGACUUACAGCCUUACGUGAAGAGGAAACACAACGUGGUGAAAGUACACCACUUAACCGAUAUGUUGAUCCACAAACACCUCAGAUGUCUUCACAAAAACGGAGUAGCUGCAAGACACCAAUCCUAUCAGGAGUUGUAGUACUUAAAUCAGAUGAGAAACUACAAAGAGAACAAGGUAAGGGAAAAGAUAAAGAAAUAAGAUCACAAUCAAGAUCGCAAUCACAAUCACUAUCACAAGCAGAUUUUUCAUUACCGGUAAAUGAGUCUGUGUUGUCGCAACUGGUCCUAGAGGAAAAGGAUGAGUUCUUCAGUGUAUGUAGUUCCAUCUCUACCGAUAGUGAAGAGGAGGGGACUAGUCCACAAUUGGUACAAAUUGGUUCACCAGAGGUUCUUGCAUCGGGUCAGUCACACCAAGAUGUGAUGGAGUCUUAUGCUCUUCGUCCACAAGCUCGAGUAGAGAAAGGAGAGGAUCAAGAAAAAGUGGUGAUCAAUUUAACUGAAUGCGCAGAUGGUAAAAUUUUGGGCUUUAUUGAUGGAGUACCAAUUGGUGAAAUGGAAGAUAAUCUUGUCUACCGUGCUGUUCCCGAUAGAAUAAUGGAUAUACUUGCACCGUGUCCAGUUUCUUCUUACCCUGAAGAGCGAAAGUUGGUAGGGGAGUUGCUUAGUGAAUCUGGACAUCGUAUACAUAAUUAUGUGAUUGUUUGCGAUGCUUCUCGUAAAGCUCGUUAUCUUUUAAAGAAAAGCCGUUUACGUCGUCGUGUACAAGUUUUUACCUUCUCGGACAAUUGCAAAGUUUUUACAGAUAGCCUCACACGUCACACCGUUGUGGGGCGAAAAGUUAAAUUUGCAGAAUGUUUUCCUCAUAGUGAGGCCACGAAUGAUCUAACCGCGUGGGUAAUGAAUGGGACAUCUAGCAAUAGCAGUAGUAUGAAUAAUAAUACAAGCAAUAACAAUAGUUCUAGCAAACGACUCAAUAAUAGUGGUAAUGGUUCCAAUAAUGGUCGAAGCAGGAGUAAUACCAGUGUCAGUGUGGUUCCUCGCUUGGUAGAGAAGAAGGGACAGACACUUAUGGUCUACGGUGAACUUGCCAAACUCCCCAUAAUAGAUCUCUUUACACUACUGGUGGGGGUUUGUCGGGUGUGGGAGGCAGACCUGCGGCGACCACAGGAGGGUGGGAUACAGCGGGCAAAGAAUAUCUUCGGGGCACGGUUGGCAAUACCCACAACGGAGAUGUUCCGUCGACUGCUGCCGCGAUCCACCCCGGCACCUGUGAUGGGUGAAAAGGAAGAAGAAAAUAUUCACUGA